CCCGGCAUCUCCUGCAGAGGGAUCAGCCUGCGCGAACUGCAAGCGUGAUGUGGGGGACCAAACUUCUGCGGGUCCUGUUGCUGCAGCACGUCCUCCUGCACCUCCUCCUGCUUCCUGUCACCAUCCCCUACGCAGAAGGACAGAAGAAAAGAAGAAAUACACUUCAUGAAUUCAAAAAGUCAGCAAAGACUACUCUCACCAAGGAAGACCCAUUAUUGAAGAUUAAAACCAAAAAAAUGAACUCAGCGGAUGAGUGCGCCAACAGAUGUAUCAGGAAUAAGGGACUUCCGUUCACUUGCAAGGCCUUUGUUUUUGAUAAGACAAAAAAACGAUGCCACUGGUUCCCUUUCAAUAGUAUGUCAAGUGGAGUGAAGAAGGGAUUUGGCCAUGAGUUUGACCUCUAUGAAAACAAAGACUAUAUUAGAAACUGCAUCAUUGGCAAAGGAAGCAGCUACAAGGGGACAGUAUCCAUCACCAAGAGUGGCAUCAAGUGUCAGCCUUGGAGUUCCAUGAUCCCCCAUGAGCACAGCUUUUUGCCUUCGAGCUAUCGCGAUAAAGACCUACAGGAAAACUACUGUCGAAAUCCUCGAGGGGAAGAAGGGGGACCCUGGUGUUUCACAAGCAAUCCAGAGGUACGCUACGAAGUCUGUGACAUUCCUCAGUGUUCAGAAGUUGAAUGCAUGACCUGCAAUGGUGAAAGCUACCGAGGUCCUAUGGAUCACACCGAGUCCGGCAAGACCUGUCAGCGCUGGGAUCAUCAGACACCUCACCGGCACAAAUUCUUGCCCGAAAGAUAUCCCGACAAGGGCUUUGAUGAUAAUUAUUGCCGCAAUCCUGAUGGCAAGCCGAGGCCAUGGUGCUAUACUCUUGACCCUGACACCCCUUGGGAAUAUUGCGCAAUUAAAAUGUGCGCUCACAGUUCUGUGAAUGAUACAGCUGUCCCUCUGGAAACAACUGAAUGUGUCCAAGGCCAAGGAGAAGGUUACAGGGGAACCACCAAUACCAUUUGGAAUGGAAUUCCCUGCCAGCGCUGGGAUUCUCAGUACCCUCACCAGCAUGAUGUAACCCCUGAGAACUUCAAGUGCAAGGACCUUAGAGAAAAUUAUUGCCGCAAUCCAGAUGGGGCUGAAUCACCGUGGUGUUUUACCACUGACCCAAACAUCCGAGUUGGCUACUGCUCGCAAAUUCCCAAGUGUGAUGUGUCAAGUGGACAAGAUUGUUAUCGCGGCAAUGGGAAAAAUUACAUGGGCAACUUAUCCAAAACAAGGUCUGGACUUACAUGCUCAAUGUGGGACAAGAAUAUGGAGGAUUUACACCGUCAUAUUUUCUGGGAGCCAGAUGCGAGCAAGUUGAACAAGAAUUAUUGCCGCAAUCCUGACGAUGAUGCCCAUGGACCUUGGUGCUACACGGGGAAUCCUCUUAUUCCUUGGGAUUAUUGCCCCAUUUCCCGUUGUGAAGGAGAUACCACACCUACAAUUGUCAACUUGGACCACCCUGUCAUAUCCUGUGCCAAAACAAAACAGCUGCGGGUUGUAAAUGGCAUCCCAACACGGACAAACGUAGGAUGGAUGGUUAGUUUGAAAUACAGAAAUAAACAUAUCUGUGGAGGAUCACUGAUAAAGGAAAGUUGGGUUCUUACUGCAAGGCAAUGUUUUCCAUCCAGAAACAAAGACUUGAAGGAUUACGAAGCCUGGCUUGGAAUUCAUGAUGUCCACGGGAGAGGGGAUGAGAAACGCAAGCAGGUCCUCAACAUUUCCCAGCUGGUCUCGGGGCCGGAAGGCUCAGAUCUGGUGCUGCUGAAGCUUUCUCGGCCUGCAGUCCUAGAUGACUUUGUCAGUACAAUUGAUUUACCCAAUUAUGGCUGCACAAUCCCAGAGAAGACCACUUGCAGUGUUUACGGCUGGGGCUACACUGGACAGAUCAAUUCGGAUGGUUUAUUGCGAGUAGCCCAUCUGUAUAUUAUGGGAAAUGAGAAGUGCCGUCAGCACCACCAAGGGAAGGUGACUCUCAGUGAGUCUGAACUGUGUGCUGGGGCUGAAAAGAUUGGAUCGGGACCAUGUGAGGGAGAUUAUGGCGGCCCACUCAUUUGUGAGCAACACAAAAUGAAAAUGGUUCUUGGUGUCAUUGUUCCUGGCCGUGGAUGUGCCAUCCCUAAUCGUCCUGGUAUUUUUGUCCGAGUAGCAUAUUACGCAAAGUGGAUGCACAAAGUAAUUUUGACCUACAAAUUGUAAUAGCCGUAGAAGAAGCCAGUGUGUUUGAAGCAUCCAUCUAUACAUGAAGAUUUCAGAGACGUAGAGAUUAAAAUGUAACCUAAACCAGUCCUAAAACAGCUACUUGAGUGUUGUGAGUGUUCAGAAACUCAUUAAUAUAUAUGGGUGUUUUCUGUUGUUCUGUUUGUCAGUGUUAUUUUGUAAAUGUUGAAGUGAAUUAAGGUACCUGUAAGUGCAGUAACAUAUCUCCUGAAGAUACUUGAACGGAUUCAAAAAUGCAAUAGUUGCUAGAUGAUAAGAGAUUUAAAGGUUAAGGUUGAUUAUCAUUCCAUGCUGCUUUUCAGGUUCAUAUCUUAAUGAUGAAUCAAUCAUAAGUUAAACAUUAUUUUAACCCCACAAAAGCCAAUCUGUACUUGGUGUUUCUAACUUGUAACUCUGUAUUAAAUUAUAUUACACUUCCUAUGGCACAUGUUAGAGUUCACUCAUUUUUUUUUCACAACAUGUAUCCUGCAAUACUGGCACACAAGCAUCCUUUUAUGAAAACAGAUGACCGUAACAAAUGGCUGAGUACACAUGCAGCAAUAUUACCAUUUAAACCAUGAUGUAUCUCGUGUGAUAUCUAAAUGUUUUGGAUGUAUGUAUCUAUAUUUAUUCUACAAUGUAAAGUUUUUGGAAAAUCAGUGGGGAUAUUCAGGAAAGGUACAAGGUAUAAGUGUGGAUCCUUUGUACGUAUCACAUAAUGAUCUCCGCUGGGAAGUGGUCAAAGUCAGGACAGGACCCAUAGGAUAAAAGAAUGGCUAGCCUGUAUGUUUAUUUAUAUUUAUUAGCCUAGUUCUUUUGUGUGCUCUCUAAUGCCUAAAAAGCAGAAAGUAAUUUGUGUAUUUGUCUUAUUUCUUUCCUCCAAAUUUGAGCUACCUAUUUAUGAAGAAUAUUGGUAGGUCUAUUUUCUUAAAACAUUUAUUCAGUUUUCAAACAUGUCUCGAUGAAGAAAUUUUAAAGUGUCUCUGUCUUCAAAAAUGUAUUUAUAUGGGUUAAUAUUAAAACUUGCUGCUAUGAUUGGCUUCUAGCUCUCCUUAAAUUAAAAAAAAAUGAUUUAGAAUAAAAAUAUCAUGUCUGCAAAGCUUUGUGACCAUCCCUUCAUUAAAUUUUAUUUUGAAGAAAAAAAUUAAAAUACUUUCCUUAAUCUAAAAAUUCUUAGUCUUUGAGUAAUAGAAAAAAUAUGAAGUAAAAUAGUUUUUCUAAAUUCUUUAAUUCAAUGACUUUCAAAAGUAUAAUUGUUUCUGAAAAAUCAAAUAUGUUGGAAAAAUAUCAUAUUUUCUCAUUUCUUUUUAACAAAACUCUUAAUGACAUGGAAUAUUCAUUUAGAUUUUAUAAUCUAUAUGAUAACAUUCAAAUUGUAUUUAUUAUUCUACUUGCCAUGACUAGCUAAGAGUUGUAUAUACAGAAGCAGGAUACAAAAAAGUAAUAAAACAGCGUCUAAGUUCUCAGUCUUCAUGUGUACAUCAAGAUUAUUAAAAGUUAUAAUUUGAUUGUUUUGAAUCCAGUGUUCCCAUUCUUGAGAUUGAAUUUUUUUUAGAGCAUCUGAAAUCUGAAGUUUCAAAAGAUGCCCUAAUGCAUUCUCAGAAUUUUUGGGGAGUCAAUCCAGAAGUUCUUGUACAAGCUCUGACAUAUAUGUGUGUGCAUGCGUGGUAUAUACACACACACAUACAAAUGCAUAUAUGUUUGUGGUAGCAUAGGUGCUGUGUUGAUCAACAGUGGAUGCAGAGAGACCCAGUGAAUUGCUGUCCUUAUCAUUUUACAUCUGUUACAUUUUCAUUCCUUUUGCAACAUGUCAUUUGAACAAGCAUCAAUUUCAAAGAUAUAUUAUUAAAAUAUUAAAGUCCUUCUCAUAGCUUCUUACUGAAUUGAAUAGAUUUCAAUGUUACAUAUAAAUUAUAUUGAUAAAGCUGUUAUGCUAAUUAUAAUACUUUAACAUACUAACAUUUUACAAUACUUCUUACAGUGUAUUUUUUGUAAUUAGCCAUGAAAAGAGGAACAGAAAUGACCUAGAAACAAUAUGCAGUCAAGUUUUUAGAUACUUUGGAAUCAGUGUUUCUAACUUAAGUGAAAAACAAACAAAUAUGUCAAUAAGUCACCAAAUGUGGUUUGUUAAGCAACUCUUCCCAUGAGGUUUUCUUUGCAAUGGUCAAAGUCGGUAGAGCUCACAAUGAAAAAGAUAAAUAGGGUCUUACUUGCUAGAAAAUGGUAGAGUUAUUUUCUAGGCAACACUAUAUAUAGGAUGGUUUUCUAUGAAUAAAUUUCAAAGGAAGAGGAGGGAAAAAUUCAGCUUAUUUAGAAGUCUAUAUUAUUUUAUCUCAUGGACAAGUGGCCCUUUUGAAUUAUGAGCUUCCAGUUUGGUUUUGUUUUGACUGGGUAAGAGUUACACACUGUCAUAAUUGUAGACAUUUCCUUCUGUCUGCAGGAAUAGGAGUGUAAAACUAAAAUCUUAGUCGUAUGCCUCUGCUGUGCAGAGAGGUGAUAAUUCUUUUGUAUAUUUCUUUAAUGUUAUUGUAAAAUGUAAGGUAACUUUUACCAAUUUGCUGUGGGCAGGUCCUCAGUGUAAUUGUGUCUAGUGAAUCGGUCUCUAUUAACAGACUCUGGCUUGCCGUCUAAGUGUUUCAAGCUACAGGAAUGGGAAACACUGGAUGGCAAGACAGAUGACAAUAAUGGCAUGUGUCAGAAAUGCUGUGGAUGCUUCCUGCUGGUACCAGUGGUACUGUGCGGAGCUGAUGCUCCAGCUACAGCAUCCCUGAAAAAGAGCACUGUCAAGAACGAGUAGUUGCUGUCAGGCAUUUUCUUUUCUCUUACAAAACAAAUGCUAGCUCUGUAAUACGAAACAGAAAAUGUCAUUACUACAUCAUGCUAAGUAAAGGGAAACCUUAAAUUGAUUUAAAAUAACUACUUCUACUCACUGUGUGUAUACAACCACUCAUUUACAUUUAUAGAAAACUCAUAAAAUAAAAGGGAUUUGGGUAAAGACAAUACACUUGCCCUUUUACAAAGAGUAAUUUGCAAUAAAUCACUCUUCAUAAUUAAGUCCAAGGAAGAAAAUGUCUUUCAAAAUUCAACUGAAGUUUGUACCAAGAACUUAUUAACAAGAAUCAACCAACCAAACAAACAAAAACAUAGAACUAUCCCAGACCCUUACCUCUUGACAGUGCCGUUUUCGCGUAGGUUCAUGUCUGUUUGCACAGAAGCCUUCUGUCUUCAGAAGCUGUAAACCGAAUCCUGUGGAAAUCGCAGCGAGUCUGCCUAUGUAAACAGGACAAGGAUAGCUGCAGAUUGAGAGGGAUAGCUGGAUGCUUACCCCAAAAAAGGGAACCCUGUGGUGAUGGCUUGUAUUAUAAAUUCUCUGUAGUUAAUAAAGUUGUUAUUUUUAUAACCAUAUUAUAUUAUUAUUCUUAAUA